UCAAGACUACCUCAACUCAUUGUGUCCGUAGCAGAGGUUUACAUUCCAUUGAAUAACCUUCCUUUCACUGUAUAUCUAUCUUAUCUGAGUGAUCUUCUCAGUAAAGUGAUAGCCUCUGGAACCGACGUAAGUGGCAACACCUCUAACCUGGUUGAUGGCACCUUCGGCUUUGAUGCUUCUGGCUCAGGCCUGCUUCCCGGUUCGAGUGCCGAGGAAACUCGCAUUCUGGCCAAACGCCUUCUCUCAUUUACAAAGGCAUUGACCCUACUGAACUCCCUCCAUGAAGAUAUGCAGUCGGCUAUACGAAAACUGGCUUGCCCCUUGCCCUUAGCCCCUGAGCCACAUCGGGGCAAUCAUUUGCUUCCUUACGAGCAUCUGGGCAUCACUUGUCUAGCCGAACUGGUUACUCACACAAACCAGCCUUCAGCUGGCAUUAACCGUCUUUUGGCAAAGUGUAUGGCAUGCAUGGCUAUUUUUCUCGAUAAAGCUCGGCUGCGCAACUCGCUUUCGGCUAAUGGCUCAGCAGAAGAGCAGAAGUCCAGUGACAAGGAGCCGGCCGUCCAAUCGGAGUUGGGGCGAGCUUUUCAUCGUAACGCCGAAUCAGGGCAUAUUGCAACUCGAUUGGUAGACAGACUAACCAGCACCGGAUCUGCUUUUGCCUCCGCGGCAACUUCAGCAACUUAUGCUACACUGGGUGCUGGAGUUCGCGUCGUAGGAACAGUUACUAAUAAACUCUUUUGGAUUAGAAGUCGCUUUCAAGGUCGAGGCGCCUUUUCGCCAUGUGAAUUUUCAUCGAACGCCUCCAACAGGCACUCGGAAUUAUUUUUGAAGCCUCUCUUCCGAACGCUUUGGAUCGAUCCUGCCUAUCAUCCAUCUCCGAAUCCGAGCCCAAGUUCCAUUCCCUAA